AUGUGGUACGUGGAUAUUGAGACACAAAUACCCGAGAAUGGAGAAACUGAAGCCGAUUCAGAAGAAAACAAAACAGCCACAAAAAGGGAUAUUAACCCAGUGAGGUGGCUCAUUCGGAAGUGUAAUAUCGACCCAGAAGGGAGGUUCAUCCGAACUUGGGAUUUGAUAUUUCUCCUGUCUUGUCUGAUUGCAGUAUCAGUGGACCCUUUGUUCUUUUACCUUCCUGUGAUCAAUGAAGACAGAAAGUGCCUUACUGUAGAUAACAGAUUAAAGAUCACAGCUACUUGUCUGCGAUCGGUUCUGUACUUCAUCUCUCUUGCAGAUAUUAUUUUGCAAUUUAUUUGUCCUUUUACAAACGAGGAUGCUCCUGAUCAACAACAUGGACAAACAAAUUUAGUUAAAGAUGCUUGGCCAAUAGCAAAUAGGUACCUGUUUUCCCGGUACUUCCUAAUUGACAUUCUCGCUAUUCUUCCAGCUCCACAGGUAAGGGACACUUUUGGAUCUGCUAGAUGUGGGAAGUCAGACAUAUUGGAAAAUGUUCCUGGGCGCUGUUGCUCUCUUUCAGUAUUGGGUGCAUUUUGGUACUUUUCAUCCAUUCAACGACUGAUGGAUUGCUGGCACUUAGCCUGUAAACGUCAUAAGGGAUGCAACCCAAGUUCUUUGUUCUGUGAUCACGAUGAUGGAAAUCACAUAUUAAUAAAUGAAUGGUGCUCUACAAAACCACCGGAUUCAACCGCCUUUGACUUUGGAAUAUUCCGCGAAGCCCUUCAAUCUGUAACAGCGUCACCUUUUCUUCAAAAGUGCCUGUUCUGUUCAUGGUGGGGUGUUCGAAAUUUGAGUUCUCUUGGUCAAAACCUUCAGACAAGUCCUUAUGAAUGGGAAAACGUUUUUGCAAUUUUUAUUACAAUCUUCGGCUUGCUCCUGUUUUUGUACUUCAGUGGAAACAUGCAGAUGUAUAUGCAUUUGAAGAAAUAUAAGAAGUUGGAGAUCAGUUAUAUGGAUAAGGAUGAUAAAGCAAGGAUGAAAGCUAAAGAAAAGAAGGCAGAGGAAUGGAUCUCUAAAAACCAACUUCCUGAUCAUAUGAAGAAAGAGAUCAUGUCCUGUAUAAGACAAAAACUGGGAAAAAAGGAAGAUAUUGAUACUGUGAAUCCAUUCCUUCAUCUUCCCAAACAUCUUAGUGCUGAGAUUAGGCGCCAUCUUUGCUUGCCCCAGCUAAAGAAAGUGCCAAUGUUUCAAGAAAAAAGUGAAAAGCAAUUGCACUUAAUCUGCGACGAGCUCAAACAAGUGUACUGCAAUGAGGAUAGCUAUAUUGUUCGGCAGGGUGAACCCCUUGAUCGGAUGCUCUUCCUGACACAAGGAAUUGUGUGGAAAUUCAGAACCUUUAAUGGUGGGGAAACAGCUUUGAGGGAAACUGCUCUGGGCAUUGAAAAAGGUGACUUUAUUGGAGAACAACUUCUAACAUGGGGUUUUAAUGGCUCCUCCGCACCCAACCUAUCUAAGCUCCCAAUAUCUACAGAAACAAUCAAAACCCAUACCAAAGUUGAAGCCUUUGCUCUAUUGGCCAACGUCUUGAGGACUCUAGUUCCCAAGGUACAGGAAGAAGAUACUGUUAAAAGUGAAGCUGUCCAAGAAAACACUCCAGUUGAAGGUAAUCUUGAAAGUGCUGGAGAUGGAGACAAUGCUGGACAUCAUUCAAGAUAAGAACAACAGCAAAGUCUUAAUUACGUUUUUGUAUUUGAAUUCAGAGAUUGUAUUGAUCGAUAGCCAGUGUA